UGGUAAAUAAUUGUUCGUUAAUUUGGCCAAUGUCGAGUGACAUUUGCGCAUUAGGGUUUCAAAUUUUUUGUUGUGAAUUUCAAUUUCAGUUUUCGUAGUAUCAAUUUGAAUGGAUUCUGAAUAAUCGGUUAAUAAAUUGUUUUCAAACUUUGCUUGGAGAUUGUUCAAUGUGCAUUCCAAAUUCGUUAUCUUUCUGAUGAUCGAUCAUAUUUCAUCUUUAUUAUAAUGUUCUUGUUUUGCUGGUUAUAAUUGUUGGUUUUGGAAGAUGCAAAAGCUGAGAGAUUUGAGGAACUUUUCGAAACCGGGGGAACAAAGGUUUUGUGUGCUUUGUAGAUUAUUAGUUAAAAAAAUAGAGGGAGUAUAUCCCUUGCUAAGAAUGUAUUUUCUCUGUUGAUCUCUUACUCUUAGUUCAUUGAAGAAUUUUAGUACUAUAUAUCAUUAUCGGAUGACUUGUGGCACCUAUUGCUGCUAUCAAGAUUAGUUGAUCUCUCUAUCAGAUAGUAUAUAAUUGUACAUUGUUGUAAUUAUGAAAAUAUUGUACUUCUAGCUAAACAGGGUAUUUCCUGAGGUUAGGUGCUUUUGCUUUGUAGUAUCUUACUAAAAUGUAUUUGUAGUAUCUUACUAAAAUAAUACAUUUAGCUUUUGGGGGGGGGGGGUAAGUCUGUGUGAGACCACGAUUAGCCCAUAUCCACGAGUGCCCCUUUGCACCAUUUGGAUCACUUAACAACUAAUGUCUUGCAAGGUGGGUGUGAGAAGGAGUGAACUAAUAUGGGCCUAAGGAAAAUGAGGAAGAAGUUUUACUUGGAGGACGAAAAACUUUGUUCUUGACAUAGAUUAUAAGACUAAAAAUUAUAUAGACCUACUUGGUGCUCCUUGCGGACCAUCUUGAUAGUGGGAUCUGAUAUUAAUAUUUGAAUUACCUUGUAGCUUUCCUUAGUGCUUUCAUUAGGAAAGGAAAGAAAAUGAUGAAGUGCAGAUUGGUGGUGAGACACUGAAGCUUGGUAGUGUUGGGAUCAGGAAGCAAUCCACUGCUAUGCUGUUGUAUGUUCCGAUUUUUCUAAUUGUCUAGCAUCUUUCAUCUUACAAAGAAUUACAUGCGUUUAGGUAGCAUAAUAGCAAUGAUGCAGGGAAGAAGGGUAGGGGAGGGGAGAGAGAAGUGAGUUAUGUGUUUUCUCCUCAAAAGUUUCCAACUUUGGGAGGGUUUAGUUUAUAAAGGAAAAGGAAAUUGGUUCCCUGCAUUUCCCUUCCUUUCUCUUCCACCAAUUUGUUCAAAUAAGGAAAUCUGAAUCCAUCACUCAUCUUACAAAUCCUUUUUUCUUUCAAAUACUCUUGUAAAACAUUUAAACUGUUACUUACGUUAUGUUGCAUAGCUUUAGAGAUGGUGUGGUGCGGUGGUUUUCAAAUCCAUACUAAUUGACUUCGUUUUAACCUCCCUGCCCCACGACCAUGAGAUAGCGAGGGGUAAAAGCAAGGGACAGGAAAUGAGAAACGGAACAAUUUUCCCUCAACUCCAUGGCGAAUGCAGUGGGUUUGAGCCAUAUUGGGCUCCUUAAUUACGGUUUAAGUCCUAAUUACAAGAUCUCAUAUGGAAGAUCUGAUUCUCUUGUUUCGACGUCUUCAGUUCAGUUCGGUCCUAUCCGAGCUGUGCAAGAUAAUGUGGGACCUAGAAGAUUGGUAGACAUCAUUCGCACUAUACCAGAUAUAUCAAACAACUAUUUCAAGAAACCUUCUCGAAGGGCGCUCUUUGGGGGAAUCGCCUUGUUAGGUGGAUUUUAUGUGGCACAAACAAUUUCGUUGUCCUUUGGAGCUUUAGGUGUCAAUGAUGUUAUUGCUGCGGUCUUGUGUGUGCUCCUUACUGAAUAUGCAACCAAAUUUUACUAUAGUCGAUCUAAGGUAACAUUUCCCAUUGCUCUUCUCAACAACUUCAAGAUGGGUUUCACAUAUGGUCUAUUUAUUGAUGCUUUCAAACUUGCUAGUUGACCUUGGUGUCGAUGAUACUUUGUUGUACAUACCUCUAGAUAUUAGAACCCCCCUAAAUACAAUGUUGUGAUCCUGAAACAUUCUCUUUUUGAAUAUAUGAUUUUUGUUGCUUCUUUAAA